UCGAACUAUUGCUCUCUUUCUCUCUCCUCCUCGUCUUCCUCGUGACUUCUCAAGGUGAAACCCUAGCUCCUAACCUUCCCGCUGCCGCCGCCGACGAUCACCGGCAACUGGUGAGCAGGAGUGCUCGGUGAUAGCCGCCGACAUCUCAAUCGAGGGUUCCCCCUCUCGCUCUCUCCUCUCUCCCCCUUCUCUGCCGCCUCCACAAUCUGGUGUGACUCAUCAUCGGCGACCUCACAACCGGCGACGGGAGGCGUCGCCGCCGUCCUCACCCCCGCCCUCUACUUGUAUUUGAGUGGUGCGGUGUGGAGAUUCCUGGAUCAAUUUCUUCACUUGCUGCGUACAAGAUCAAUCCACCCAAGGUGUUGGUACAGUUUACUUUCCAAAAAAGCUGGGGGGGGGGGGGGGUUCAACUGAAUCCCAUGCUCCACGUUAGGUCCGCCCCCGAACUUGAUGGCGGAAGGAAGCAGUAGCCAUAGGAGGAGCGCGUUCUCCCCUGGGUUGGCUGUGUUAUUGUCUGGUGACGAAGCUAAGAUUAGCCCCCAGAAGUCGCACUUGGUGUCCUAUCAUGAUGAGAUUGGGCACCAGGCUGUUGAGAGGACGAUAGAACACAUCUUUGAUCUCCCUCACAAGUCGGUGGUCCAGCCUUGCGGACCUAUUGAUGCUGGAUUUGUCCGCUCGGUAUUGAGAAAUCAGGCUAGAAAAUUUGAUCUUGAUUGGGAAAAAUGUAGCCGUGGAUACCAUGACAGCAUCUUGAUUAUGGACAAAGAUGCUGGGCAAAGCAAGGUUGUUCUUGACGAUUCGAGCAUUUGUGGCAAGUUCAAGAGUAUCCGGGAACAUUUACUUGUUGAAAGCUCUGCGCCGUUCAGCAGUGCCAGGGCUAAUGCCUGUGUGUGGAAGGGUAAGUGGAUGUAUGAAGUGACCCUGGAAACUUCCGGAGUUCAGCAGCUUGGAUGGGCUACUCUCUCUUGCCCCUUCACUGAUCAGAAAGGUGUUGGUGAUGCUGAUGAUUCAUAUUCAUUUGAUGGACGGAGAGUGACUAAGUGGAACAAUGACCCAAAGCCAUAUGGCCAGCCAUGGGCUGUAGGGGAUGUGAUCGGUUGCUGCAUCAACUUGGAUGCAAGAGAGAUCUCCUUUUACAGGAAUGGGACUUCUCUUGGUGUUGCAUUUGAUGGAAUUCGCAAGGUGGAUCCUAGGAAGGGCUACUAUGCUGCGAUCUCACUCUCAGAAGGCGAGCGUUGCCAUCUGAACUUUGGCUCACAUCCAUUCAGGUAUCCUGUUGAUGGGUUUAAUCCAAUUGAGGCGCCACCAUGUUCUUGGAUGUUUGCUGCAUAUCUUCUUAGAUGUUUGUUCCGAUUGCUAGAAGUUCAAAAUCUGGAGAAAUCUGAAUCAGCUUACUUUGAGAAACUGAGGAGGGUCAAGAAAUUCGCACCACUACAAGAACUGUUUCAACCAAUUUCUGAAGGAAUCUGUGCUGAGUUUUUCAGUGCUAUUGAAGGAAGCCAGGGGUGCCUUGAGUAUAUUGCCUGGGGCUCAUUAACCACUCUUCUCUUAGAUGUUUUGAGGGCACGCGAGUCACAUGAUUUCUCAUGCCUUGAUCAGGUUCUCGACCUUUUCCUUCAGUUUCCAGGGAGCACCUCAUUAUUGCUGGAGCUCAUUGUGGCUCUUUCUUGCAUGUGCAAAGCUGCACCAUUUGUGUUGACAGAAUGCCCGUAUUCUGGAUCAUAUCCAUUUUUAGCACUGGCUUGCCACCUUCUUGGGCACAAGGAUGUAAUGCAUCUAUGGUGGAAGUCUAAAGAUUUUGCAUUCUCGUUUGAAGGGUUCCUUACAAGGAAGAUUCCAAAUAAGCAGGACUUACAGUGCCUUAUACCAUCUGUUUGGUGGCCUGGGUCUUCUGAGGAUGAAGUUAGCAUGACAUUAACGAUGACAGCACUCUCAGAUGCAAUCAAGAAGAUUGAAGAGAUGCAUCGUUUGCUUUGCAGCUUGGUAAUUUGCUUUAUACCACCAGUUUCUCCCCCUCAGCCUCCAGGCUCUGUAUUUAGAUCUUUCGUACAAAGUUUGGUACUAAAGGCUAGAGGUGGAGAUCAUAGGAUGGUUGUCAAUGGGACUUUCAACAACACUGUGCUUGGUUCAUUGUACACUGUAAUCCUUCAUUUGCUGUCUGAAGGAUUUUCUAUGGAUUCUUCUGGGUCUGCAUCAUCGUCCAGAAUGAACUGUGGGAAUGGUGUUGGAUUUCUUCACAAAGGUGGGAAGCGAAAGUUUCCGACACAGUUACUAUUCAGGAAUGAUGCCUAUUAUAGUGUAAUUCCUAGAAUUGGUGGACCACCAGGCCUUAUGAUGUAUUACCCCCAAGUUGAUGUCGUGGAAGAUGAAGUGCAGUGGGAUGAAGGCUGCAUGAGUGAUGAAGAGACACGAGUAACACACACUACAGUGCAGAAGCCUUGUUGCUGCUCAAUAUCAGAUGUCACUGUUCGCCUAAGACACAAAGAAAAUGCUAAGUAUGUACCAUCAACUUCAAAAGGCCCAUGCAAGCCCAUGCCUGAAAGAUCUGCUCAUGUUGCUGCUGAGUGCAGUGGGAGAAGUCUGGAUGAUGAGAUCGAAGACAAACCUAGCACAAGUACUCAAUCAGAGAUUGAAUAUGGAUAUGAAGCACUGCAUAACUUGGAAAACAUGCCAAUGACAACUCAAUCUUCCUCAGAAGCGCUUAAAGAAGAAGAGCUGCUUGAUGUUAUGUUAUUGUUAUAUCAUUUGGGCAUCUCACCAAAUUUUAGGCAGGCAUUUUAUUUCAUGUCCCAGCAGUCACAGUCCAUUUCUUUACUAGAAGAAACUGAUAGGCUGAUACAGGAAAAGUCAUGCGCGGAGCAAGUAAGGCGUUUGAAAGAAGCCCGGAAUAGCUAUCAUGAGGAUUUGGUGGAUUGUGUCAGGCAUUGUGUUUGGUAUCGGGCCACUCUUUUCUCUUCAUGGAAGCAAAGGGGAAUGUAUGCAACUUGCAUGUGGGUUGUGGAGCUUCUUUUGGUCCUCAGUGACAAGAAAAUCAUUUUUCAGUAUGUUCCGGAGUUCUAUGUGGAAUCACUGGUUGAUUGUUUCCAUGCCCUGCGAAGGAGCGAUCCUCCUUUUGUUUCACCUGCAGUAUUUCUUAAGCAAGGGCUUGCUUCAUUUGUCACUCUGGUUGUCAAGCACUUCGAUGAUACGAGGAUAGCAAAUCCAGACUUGAGAGAUCUUCUUCUUCAAUCAAUAUCUGUCCUUGUACAGUACAAAGAAUUCAUGCUUGUUUUCGAGAACAAUCGGGAGGCUAUAAAUAGAAUGCCAAGAUCACUUUUAUCAGCCUUUGAUAACAGAUCAUGGAUACCUGUUACGAACAUACUUUUCCGGCUCUGCAAAGGCUCAGGAUUUGCUUCCUCAAAGAAUGCUGAAUCUUCAUCUUCUGCAACUUUUCAGGUUCUACUUAGAGAGACCUGCAUUCAUGAACAAGAACUGUUCUUAUCCUUCCUCAAUCGACUUUUCAACACACUCAGUUGGACAAUGACCGAAUUCUCUAUGUCCAUCCGAGAGAUGCAAGAUAAACACCAGGUUGCUGAUUUGCAGCAAAGGAAGUGCAGUGUUAUUUUUGACAUAUCAUGUAGUCUUGCCAGGAUCUUGGAGUUCUGUACCCGAGAGAUUCCUUCUGCAUUUCUCAUGGGACCAGAUAUGAAUUUGCGGAGGUUGACUGAAUUGGUUGUCUUUAUUCUGAACCACAUCAUAUCAGCAGCUGAUGCCGAGUUCUUUGACAUGACACUAAGACGACCAGGGCAGCAUCAAGAUAAAACAAAUCGUACUAUGAUCUUGGCUCCUCUUGUUGGCAUUAUCCUGAAUCUUAUGGAAUGCAGCAGCACAUCAGAACACAGGGAGCUAAAUGAUGUGAUUGCAGUGUUCGCGAGCAUGGAUUGCCCUGCUACAAUCCAUUUUGGGUUGCAGUACCUACUGAGCUACAACUGGAGCCAUGUCCUUCGAGGGGACACCUCCCUUGCGAAGCUGGCACAGCUUAAAGAGUUCUCCCAUUACUUCCGACGCAUUACAACGUCUGUGAACGGUGAAGAUCACAAUCUCAGCACAGCCGAUGAGGAAGAAGAUGACACCUGCUGCAUUUGCUACAACUGUGAUUCAGAUGCAACAUUCCAGCCAUGCCAUCACCGGUCCUGCUUUGGCUGCAUAAGCAGGCAUCUCCUGAACAGCCAAAGGUGCUUCUUUUGCAAUGCAGUAGUAACUUCAGUUACCAGGAUUGACAAUUCAUGAGCGACACACUACUCAUGGUCACCUUUGGUAUCAUGACCCGGAGAAGAUCAUGCCAUUUAUACAUCUAUCCAUUUUGCUUGACGGGAGGCGCAGACGACUCAGAGAUCCUUUGCUUUCCUGGAAGACUACAUUGCCGUUGUCAAAGGUCAGAAGGGGUCCUCGUUUUCCUUGCGUAAAGAUCAGAUAGUAGUAAAAGGGAUUCAAUAACAUUAUUGCAGAAGGAGGUUUCUGUACAAGGUGGGAAGCCAGUACCACCGAAAGGAUUCACGGAAUCACAAUUUUUGUAGGUUUUAGCGAAAUUCCACGAUGUAAAUAUGAGAUAUGAAGCAGAUAAAGUGGGUGAUCGGAUCAAUGCAUCGACCUUUUGUAAUUAGCCAAAAAUAAAAGAACUAGAUGCUUUGUAUUUGGAGAGAGCUCGUCUUUUUUUUCCUCACCACGGUGUAGCGUCAAGAGUAAAUAAAGUCUUCUGUUCUGCUUGUAAGAUGCAAUCGGUUGUAAUACUACAGUGCCAAAGGUUCAGACAAAAAUGUCAAAAGCUACUUCGUCAA